UGUGUGUGAUGCUUUUGUUUUAAUAAUGAUAAUUGAGCUCUAUUGUGUUAAGUCACUCUCAGGAUCUGUCAUAUUGUACCAGAGAUGUCUUAAUAAUUGUUUGCUGCGAUGUCUUGACUCAAAUUAUCAAAGUGUUGUGAAAAAACUGCUAGUACAUAUGUCCAAAAACAGUGGACCUGCAAACCACAAAAUCAUGUUUUUAUGGUGUUAUUGUUUCUUUAUAAAGACAUUACCAGAGUAGAAACCACCGGUCUUUAUGACACUACUUAAAAAUGGCGUUCUCCGUUUGGUAAACAGCUAUUAUCUUCACAAUACUAAAUGGCGGCCACAUCGGCAACCAUUAUCAGGGCCUCCUACAGAGCCUUCCUAAACCCUGUUUAUCCUGUGUCCGACCACCAUUUAUUAGUCAUGACCCAUAAAUAGUGCAGCAAAACACCUGCAACACUACAUCAGAUAACCAGAGAUGUUGUAAAAGUUGACUGAUUCAGCAGUUUACACAUAAUUGUGUGGAAAUUAAAUCUGUGAUUCGGGUUCAGUCGGAUGAUUUUUUUUUUUGUUGCAAGUAAACUCUCCUGGAAUAAAGACUGAUAAUUUCACAACAUUAAAUGUAGCUCAUAGUUUUGUUUUCUGCAUUGAGAGCCAAAGUGACAUGAUGUUUCUAGCCUCCAAAUGAUCAUUAUGGUCUUUGUAAUGUGGCAAUUACCUUGUUUGUGAUCGUUCCUGUUGACACAUCAAUGGUGCUAAACAUGUUAAAUCAUUGUGAAUGAAAGUAGUUUGUGUUUGAACAAGAUGUUGGAAAAUCAGACAUAAUGUCCAUAAAUUACACCACCAAAUAAUCCUAGUUUCACCUGGAGAAAUUGGCCCACUGAUAGAUUAAAAAAACUAAAAAUAAUGCUGCCUGGACAUUGUGCCGAUGGUUUAAUAUUCAGUUUAAAUUACAAACAUUCAGACAUACAAACUUGCAAUUUCCAAACAGGUUUCCUUUAACGGUUCACUAGAAACAAUGAUAGCAAUGUGUUUAUUGUCAUGAUGUUGCUAAAUUGUCAUAGUGGCCAUGCAGGUUUUGAUGGUAGUUGGUGGAAUGCAGGUAGGCCUGGUGAUAACAGUGAGACAUACUGGGAUUAGGAACUGGACCAUUGUCACUUCACUGUUAAGGUGACAGAAUAAAGCCGAUAAUUUCAAAUCAGCAUGAUAAAGUGAGUUGAACCUUAAAUUGCAACUUUCCCUGUGGGAUUCCUGACCUGCGGUGAAAGUCUACUUGCUCAUUACCGCCUCACUCUCUCUGUCUUACCUGUCCACUGUUCACUCAUCCUCCCUCUCCACCAUUCAAUCUCAAGCCCUCCACACGUCUCCUCCCUCCUUGCUGAGGUCAUAUAUAACCCAGCAAGGGUUUUCUCUUCUCCUCAAGGACAUUUUACAGGUGUUGUCUCCAACUUUGACAGAGUGUUAUGACUGAGGAUAUCAAGAAGUUGAGGAGCAGCACUUUUUUUGUUUAAGGUCAAACAUCAAGUGUCAAUGUCUCCGUCUCUGGCCACGUCUGCUCCGAGCAAGCUCAACCAUUGGUGGAGCCAGCUGAGGUUUCGUCUUCAAAACAAGAAAGGAUGGAAGGAGAUGUUGGAUGAGACGUUUCUGCUCCACACAAAAUACAUAAAUGAGGUUCCUCUCUUCUAUGAGGCUAAAAAGAACAAUGUCAGCUGCAUCAAGAAACUGCUGAGUUGUGCAUCCACUAAUAUCUUCGAGAGAGGGGCUCUUGGUGAGACAGCGCUUCAUGUUGCUGUGAUGGCUGAUAACCUGGAAGCUGCCGUGGCUCUGAUGGACGGAGCUCCUGAACUCAUCAACGAGCCUAUGACGUCCGAGCUCUUCCAAGGUGUUACUCCUCUCCACAUUGCUGUGGUGAAUCAGAACAUCAACCUGGUUCAUCAUCUGAUCAGUCGUGGGGGUGACGUGGCUACACCUCGAGUCACCGGUCUGUACUUCAGGAAGAGGAUAGGAGGACUCUUAUACUAUGGUGAGCACAUCCUGUCUUUUGCUGCGUGUGCUGGGAACGAGGACAUUAUCUCCAUGGUGAUCGACGCAGGGGCCAGCACCAGGGGCCAGGAUUACCGUGGUAACACAGCGCUUCAUGUUUUGGUUUUGCAGCCCAACAAGACGAUUGCGUGCCAGGCCAUUGACCUGAUUAUGGCACGCGAUGCAGAGCUGGACCAGUCAGUGCCACUCGACAUGGUACCCAACUACCGAGGCCUUACACCUUUUAAACUGGCUGCCAAAGAGGGAAACAUAGUGGCGUUUCAGCACCUGGUAAAUAAAAGGCGUGUAGUCCAGUGGAGUCUGGGUCCCCUGACCUCUAACCUGUAUGACCUGACAGAGAUAGAUUCAUGGGCCGACGACAUGUCAGUGCUGGAGCUCAUCGUGGGCGGUCACCAGAGAAAGGCAAGAAGGAUACUGGAGGUGACUCCUGUGAGGCAGCUGGUCAGUCUGAAGUGGAACCUCUAUGGAAAACAUUAUUUCAGGCUGCUGCUGUUACUGUAUCUUCUGUACAUCGGGACCUUCACACUGUGUUGUGCAUUUCGCCCUCUGAAGGACGCUCCGGAGAACUACACACAGUCAGAAAUGGACAAAACCAUCCGGGUCCAGAAAACAUUUCAUGAGAGUUAUGUGACACAUGAGGACAACCUGCGGCUGGUGGGUGAGAUCAUCAGCAUCCUGGGAGCUUUUGUCAUCUUGUUGCUGGAGAUUCCUGAUAUACUGAGAGUGGGGGCAAAGCGCUAUUUUGGCCAGACAGCACUGGGAGGCCCCUUCCAUGUUAUCCUUAUCAGCUAUGCGUGCCUGGUGGUGCUGCUGUGUGUGUUCAGAGUCUGCGAGGUGCAGGGAGAGGCUGUGGUGAUGGCAGUGUGUUUAGUUCUCGGUUGGAGCAAUGUCAUGUUCUUCGCCCGAGGUUUUGAAAUGCUCGGCCCUUAUGUCAUCAUGAUACAAAAGAUUAUAUUUGGAGACCUGACCAAGUUCAUGUGGCUGAGUUUCAUUGUGCUCAUUGGUUUUUCCACCUCCCUGUGGAUGGUGUAUAUGACCCAGGAUCCUGGUUCCAUUCCUGCAUAUCGCUCUUUUCCCAUCACCCUCUUCUCCCAGUUUGAGCUCAGUGUGGGCCUCAUAGAUCUGCCUGUGGACCACACCAUCACUACCCACCCGAUCGUCCACGUGCUACACUGCGCCUUCUCUGUCGUCUCCUACAUCCUUCUGCUAAAUCUACUGAUAGCCAUGAUGAGUGACACACACUGGAGGGUGGCCCAGGAGAGAGAUGAGCUCUGGAGGACUCAGGUGGUGGCCACAACUCUGAUGCUGGAGAGGAGGCUGCCCCGCUGCCUGUGGCCUCGACUUGGGGUGUGUGGGCUCAAGUACGGUCUGAGGGAGUACUGGUAUCUCAGGGUUGAGGACAGAAACGACCCAAUGUUGCAAAAGAUGCGGCGUUACGUCAAGGCUUUCUCUAAAGACGAGGAAAAGGAAAAGGAGGGAUUGGAGAAAACUGACAUUAUAAAGGGGUCCAUAUCCGGAACCCCCAAGCUCAGACCUAAAAACAAUGUGAGGUCUCUGACAGGGUGGCAGAUGAUUCGCCACAGCGCUUUGGGUUUGGAGAUGGAGCAGGAAGAGCCAGAGGAGGACGAGGAAAUUAAAUAUGUUUAAGAAGAGAUUCUGCCUGAGCCUGAAGAGAAUUUUCUGAGGCCUUCCUUCAUCUGAAAGUCCUGAACAUGUAAAGUACACGUAAAGUGUCUAUUAACAUACUUGCAAGACGAGAACUCAACCGACCAAAUCUGUCUAUACAUUCCACUGUGCAAUUAUUCCAGCAGUAUUAUGCUUUAGAAAAGAGUGUGUUAUUUUUUUAUAUAAAAUAGUAGCAGUAGUAGUAGUAGUUGUAGUAGUAUAGUGUAAAACUAUAGCAGUAAUAUUUGCUCAGCUAAAAUAAAGUGAAACAGACAUUCAACUUAUGUAUUUGUAUGAAUUUUUUUUUAUAUUGGAAUAAAAUCUUGUUGAAACAAA